AUGACCUUCUCAGACGAAGAUGUGGAGAUGUGGGCCGCAGAGUUCAGCGGACUCGCUUAUGCGCUCGCGAUGGUGAGGGCCUUGCCCACAUUUGCAAACGUGCUGAAUGAGCCCGUACACAUUCCGUCAUACGCGGCCCCCGUUGUGCUCUCGUUGUCUGCCCUUUUGGUGAGGAGCUAUGAGAAGCUAAGGGGCUCUACACCGCUGACACCAUUAUCCGCCGCAUGGUUACUUAUUGCUAUGCAGUAUGGCAGCGUGGAACUGAAUUCUCGGCCACGCUCAAGGAUGUCAUGGCUCAGAUGUUUUCUUCCCUUUUCCCGAAGGGCGGCUAAAGUUCCUCUGAAGGAGGACGCAACUGCCUCUAUUGAGUCAGUAUCAAUUGGACUUGGUGUCAAAGGGCCCUGUGUUGCCCUCGAGCCUAUUCCUGCAGGAGCGCGGGUGUGGUUGCAUAUGGGAAGUUCGUUUGACGCCGCCGUGUCUGUGGAAGGCGACUUGAAAAGUGAGUGGGAGAGUUAUUGUUGUAUUGAGGAGGACACAUGGCUUACUUGUCUACAGGAAGGGGUAUGA